AGGAGGAAAAACUUUCACUUCUCUAACUUUUUACUUUUCUGAUGUAGCUGCUGUCUGUCCGAGAGAAGAGCAGACGAGGAGGGUUAUCGUUUUCAAGCCAGGGAGAAGUUUGGACAUGAAAACUUUCAGCUUAUAAAAGAAAAAAGACACUUUAACCACUUUUUUAAUUUUUUCUCAAUAAAGAGUGCGGCAUCAUGAAGCCGCUGCUGCGCUUCAGCUUCUCUCUGAGGGCUGUCCUGGUCUUCAGCGCUCUCCUCUCGUGUAUCAAGGCACAGAAUGCCGCAACAGCAACCACAGCAACAACUGAACUUGCCACAUCAACAGCUGCAACUACAACCAUGACAACACCUGCUCCUGCAAACCUAUUAACUAUAUCUGCAGCCUUGGUAGCAACCUCACCUACAACCAUGACAACAGCUGCACCUACAACCAUGACAACAGCUGCACCUACAACCAUGACAACAGCUGCAUCUACAACCAUGACAACAGCUGCACCUACAUCCAUGACAACAGCUGCACCUACAACCAUGACAACAGCUGCACCUACAUCCAUGACAACAGCUGCACCUACAACCAUGACAACAGCUGCACCUACAACCAUGACAACAACCAUGACAACAGCUGCACCUACAACCAUGACAACAGCUGCGCCUACAACCAUGACAACAGCUGCACCUACAACCAUGACAACAGCUGCACCUACAACCAUCUCAACAGCCGCACCUACAACCUCAACAGCCGCACCUACAACCAUGACAACAGCUGCAACUACAAACACAAGAACAUCUGCAAAUACAACCACGACAACACCUGCUCCUGCAAACAUAUCAGCUGAAUCUGCAGCCUUGGCAGCAACCUCACCAACAACCUCAACAGCCGCACCUACAACCAUGACAACAGCUGCACUAACAACCUCAACAGCUAAACCAGCGACUACUAUGCCAGCACCUGGAAAUGUGGGGAAUCUUACCGUGUUAGAAAUCACAACAACCUCUGUGAAAGUGAGUUGGAAUAAUACAGGUGAUUCCCGCUACCAAGUAAAGUGGGGAGAUGAAAGAAAUACCUACACUGAUAUUGUGAUGGGAAACAUAAAAACCAUCACAGGUCUAACUCCUGGGUGCCUGUAUACCAUAAAUGUUACUGCUGUGGCAUCUGAUAAUCUCACUGAAGGAAGGCCUGCAACUAAGACUGUCCACACAAAGCCUGAAGUAGUCACAGAUCUCAGUGUCAGUAAUCAAACAACAUUCUCUGUGUUUGUGAACUGGACCAAACCAAAUGGAAGAAGCUCUUUCUAUAGAGUUCAAUGGGCAGGUGGAGAAAGAAAUGGCACUGUAAACGUGUCACAGACAUUUUUGAACAUUACUAAUCUGACUGCUGGUGUGAAAUAUACAAUAACUGUCAGUGCUGUAGCUGCUGAUAAUGUAACUGAAGGAGAGAGCAAGACUGUUUCCAUAUACACAAAACCUGAAGUAGUCACAGAUCUCAGUGUCAGUAAUCAAACAACAUUCUCUGUGUUUGUGAACUGGACCAAACCAAAUGGAAGAAGCUCUUUCUAUAGAGUUCAAUGGGCAGGUGGAGAAAGAAAUGGCACUGUAAACGUGUCACAGACAUUUUUGAACAUUACUAAUCUGACUGCUGGUGUGAAAUAUACAAUAACUGUCAGUGCUGUAGCUGCUGAUAAUGUAACUGAAGGAGAGAUCAAGACUGUUUCCAUAUACACAAAACCUGAAGUAGUCACAGAUCUCAGUGUCAGUAAUCGAACAACAUUCUCUGUGUUUGUGAACUGGACCAAACCAAAUGGAAGCAGCUCUUUCUAUAGAGUUCAAUGGGCAGGUGGAGAAAGAAAUGGCACUGUAAACGUGUCACAGACAUUUUUGAUCAUUACUAAUCUGACUGCUGGUGUGAAAUAUACAAUAACUGUCAGUGCUGUAGCUGCUGAUAAUGUAACUGAAGGAGAGAGCAAGACUGUUUCCAUAUACACAAAACCUGAAGUAGUCACAGAUCUCAGUGUCAGUAAUCAAACAACAUUCUCUGUGUUUGUGAACUGGACCAAACCAAAUGGAAGCAGCUCUUUCUAUAGAGUUCAAUGGGCAGGUGUAGAAAUAAAUGGCACUGUAAACGUGUCACAGACAUUUUUGAACAUUACUAAUCUGACUGCUGGUGUGAAAUAUACAAUAACUGUCAGUGCUGUAGCUGCUGAUAAUGUAACUGAAGGAGAGAGCAAGACUGUUUCCAUAUACACAAAACCUGAAGUAGUCACAGAUCUCAGUGUCAGUAAUCAAACAACAUUCUCUGUGUUUGUGAACUGGACCAAACCAAAUGGAAGAAGCUCUUUCUAUAGAGUUCAAUGGGCAGGUGGAGAAAUAAAUGGCACUGUAAACGUGUCACAGACAUUUUUGAACAUUACUAAUCUGACUGCUGGUGUGAAAUAUACAAUAACUGUCAGUGCUGUAGCUGCUGAUAAUGUAACUGAAGGAGAGAUCAAGACUGUUUCCAUAUACACAAAACCUGAAGUAGUCACAGAUCUCAGUGUCAGUAAUCAAACAACAUUCUCUGUGUUUGUGAACUGGACCAAACCAAAUGGAAGCAGCUCUUUCUAUAGAGUUCAAUGGGCAGGUGGAGAAAGAAAUGGCACUGUAAACGUGUCACAGACAUUUUUGAACAUUACUAAUCUGACUGCUGGUGUGAAAUAUACAAUAACUGUCAGUGCUGUAGCUGCUGAUAAUGUAACUGAAGGAGAGAGCAAGACUGUUUCCAUAUACACAAAACCUGAAGUAGUCACAGAUCUCAGUGUCAGUAAUCAAACAACAUUCUCUGUGUUUGUGAACUGGACCAAACCAAAUGGAAGCAGCUCUUUCUAUAGAGUUCAAUGGGCAGGUGUAGAAAUAAAUGGCACUGUAAACGUGUCACAGACAUUUUUGAACAUUACUAAUCUGACUGCUGGUGUGAAAUAUACAAUAACUGUCAGUGCUGUAGCUGCUGAUAAUGUAACUGAAGGAGAGAGCAAGACUGUUUCCAUAUACACAAAACCUGAAGUAGUCACAGAUCUCAGUGUCAGUAAUCAAACAACAUUCUCUGUGUUUGUGAACUGGACCAAACCAAAUGGAAGCAGCUCUUUCUAUAGAGUUCAAUGGGCAGGUGGAGAAAGAAAUGGCACUGUAAACGUGUCACAGACAUUUUUGAACAUUACUAAUCUGACUGCUGGUGUGAAAUAUACAAUAACUGUCAGUGCUGUAGCUGCUGAUAAUGUAACUGAAGGAGAGAUCAAGACUGUUUCCAUAUACACAAAACCUGAAGUAGUCACAGAUCUCAGUGUCAGUAAUCAAACAACAUUCUCUGUGUUUGUGAACUGGACCAAACCAAAUGGAAGAAGCUCUUUCUAUAGAGUUCAAUGGGCAGGUGGAGAAAUAAAUGGCACUGUAAACGUGUCACAGACAUUUUUGAACAUUACUAAUCUGACUGCUGGUGUGAAAUAUACAAUAACUGUCAGUGCUGUAGCUGCUGAUAAUGUAACUGAAGGAGAGAGCAAGACUGUUUCCAUAUACACAAAACCUGAAGUAGUCACAGAUCUCAGUGUCAGUAAUCAAACAACAUUCUCUGUGUUUGUGAACUGGACCAAACCAAAUGGAAGCAGCUCUUUCUAUAGAGUUCAAUGGGCAGGUGGAGAAAGAAAUGGCACUGUAAACGUGUCACAGACAUUUUUGAACAUUACUAAUCUGACUGCUGGUGUGAAAUAUACAAUAACUGUCAGUGCUGUAGCUGCUGAUAAUGUAACUGAAGGAGAGAUCAAGACUGUUUCCAUAUACACAAAACCUGAAGUAGUCACAGAUCUCAGUGUCAGUAAUCAAACAACAUUCUCUGUGUUUGUGAACUGGACCAAACCAAAUGGAAGCAGCUCUUUCUAUAGAGUUCAAUGGGCAGGUGGAGAAAGAAAUGGCACUGUAAACGUGUCACAGACAUUUUUGAACAUUACUAAUCUGACUGCUGGUGUGAAAUAUACAAUAACUGUCAGUGCUGUAGCUGCUGAUAAUGUAACUGAAGGAGAGAGCAAGACUGUUUCCAUAUACACAAAACCUGAAGUAGUCACAGAUCUCAGUGUCAGUAAUCAAACAACAUUCUCUGUGUUUGUGAACUGGACCAAACCAAAUGGAAGAAGCUCUUUCUAUAGAGUUCAAUGGGCAGGUGGAGAAAGAAAUGGCACUGUAAACGUGUCACAGACAUUUUUGAACAUUACUAAUCUGACUGCUGGUGUGAAAUAUACAAUAACUGUCAGUGCUGUAGCUGCUGAUAAUGUAACUGAAGGAGAGAUCAAGACUGUUUCCAUAUACACAAAACCUGAAGUAGUCACAGAUCUCAGUGUCAGUAAUCAAACAACAUUCUCUGUGUUUGUGAACUGGACCAAACCAAAUGGAAGAAGCUCUUUCUAUAGAGUUCAAUGGGCAGGUGGAGAAAGAAAUGGCACUGUAAACGUGUCACAGACAUUUUUGAUCAUUACUAAUCUGACUGCUGGUGUGAAAUAUACAAUAACUGUCAGUGCUGUAGCUGCUGAUAAUGUAACUGAAGGAGAGAGCAAGACUGUUUCCAUAUACACAAAACCUGAAGUAGUCACAGAUCUCAGUGUCAGUAAUCAAACAACAUUCUCUGUGUUUGUGAACUGGACCAAACCAAAUGGAAGAAGCUCUUUCUAUAGAGUUCAAUGGGCAGGUGGAGAAAGAAAUGGCACUGUAAACGUGUCACAGACAUUUUUGAACAUUACUAAUCUGACUGCUGGUGUGAAAUAUACAAUAACUGUCAGUGCUGUAGCUGCUGAUAAUGUAACUGAAGGAGAGAGCAAGACUGUUUCCAUAUACACAAAACCUGAAGUAGUCACAGAUCUCAGUGUCAGUAAUCAAACAACAUUCUCUGUGUUUGUGAACUGGACCAAACCAAAUGGAAGCAGCUCUUUCUAUAGAGUUCAAUGGGCAGGUGGAGAAAGAAAUGGCACUGUAAACGUGUCACAGACAUUUUUGAACAUUACUAAUCUGACUGCUGGUGUGAAAUAUACAAUAACUGUCAGUGCUGUAGCUGCUGAUAAUGUAACUGAAGGAGAGAUCAAGACUGUUUCCAUAUACACAAAACCUGAAGUAGUCACAGAUCUCAGUGUCAGUAAUCAAACAACAUUCUCUGUGUUUGUGAACUGGACCAAACCAAAUGGAAGCAGCUCUUUCUAUAGAGUUCAAUGGGCAGGUGGAGAAAUAAAUGGCACUGUAAACGUGUCACAGACAUUUUUGAUCAUUACUAAUCUGACUGCUGGUGUGAAAUAUACAAUAACUGUCAGUGCUGUAGCUGCUGAUAAUGUAACUGAAGGAGAGAGCAAGACUGUUUCCAUAUACACAAGGCCUGUUAAGCCUGUGAACAUCAGGGUUGCAUCAAGAUCAACUGAGAACUUAAACCUCAUCUGGACGCUGCCUAACGGAAGAGUUGACUAUUAUAGUGUGAACAUCUCAAACCAAAAUAUGUCCUAUAACAACACCAUAGAAACAAACGACACCAUGGUGAUAUUCUCAGGUUUACAUUCUGGAAGACUCUUCCUAAUCACAGUGACUGCUGUAGCUGGAAACCUCACAAAUACAUCUGACCAGUUUUCAUUUGCCACAUAUCCCAAGCCCCCUCAGUCCCUCAUCAUCAUCUACAAGACAAUCUCUUCUUUACAGCUGCAGUGGUCAAUCUUCCCAAUUAUGAAUGGUGCUCCUGGCAUCAGCUACUUUAUCACUUACCAGCCUUCCCUUAACAACAUAAGCUCCAUAAAUGAAAGCAUUGUGUUAGAUGGGCUUCGGUCUGGAACCCUUUACAACAUAAGCAUAAAAACCGUUGGACCAGAUCAAUUAGAAAGCACGGCUGUCAGCAACUCCACUUAUACUCUUCCUGAUAUGGUCCCAAACAUUUUGGCCAUAGGAACCACCACUAACAUGUCAGUGAGCUGGACAAAAGCAGCUGGGCAGGUUUCCUCAUACUUUGUCCAGCUUUGGAAAAGCACAGCGCCUGUGAGCAACCAGACAACUCCGAGUAAUGAGACUACACAAGUUGUAUUUGUUGGUUUGACACCAGGAGUGCUUUACCUUGUUGAGGUGGUCACCAUAAGUGGACCUGAGAAGAGUAACAAAUCAAGUGUUUCCAAUGCAACUUUUCCCACCCCCCCUGGCUCUAUCAAGGUGAACUCUCAGACCGUCAGAUCCAUCAACUUUACCUGGACCUCUCCAGCUGACAUGUCCAACCAUCUGUACAACUACAGUGUGCUUACUGCAAUGGGCUCUUAUUCCACUCAGAACAACUGGUUCCUGCUGCAAGAUCUUGUGUCAGGAAGCAGUUAUAAUGUUUCUGUAGUUACUGUUGGUGUGCUGGGGUAUAUGAGUACAGCAGUUAGCACAACAAACUAUACAAAACCACAAGCAGUGAUGGAUCUGAUGGCGACAGAAGUCACCACCAGUUCAGUGACCCUAAAAUGGAAUCAGUCAGACAGCAAGUCACAUUACUCUUAUGAAGUACGGGUUGAAAGUGUGCCAAUGUCAGAACUGGUCAGAACAACAAAGAGCACAACAAUUACAGUUAAUGGUCUUGAGUCUGGGAGAAACUACACUUUUACCGUCACUACAUUUAUAGCCAAUUACUCCAAAGCAGACCCUGUGAAAGAUUUCUACUUUACAAGGCCUUAUAAUAUUACAGAUUUAAAGGCUUUAACCUUAAACACAACUGCUAUUUACCUAAACUGGACAGAACCGUAUGAGUACAAGACUAACUUCAAAUAUUUGGUGGAGACCACAGGCUGUGGCAACAAAACUAACAACUCAACAGUAGAUAACAUAACCUUCUCAGAGCUCAUCCCAGGAACCAACUGCAAUUUCUGUGUUUCUGUCAUGGCAGCAAAUGGCAUUAAAGGGAAAGAAACCUGCAUCACUCAGUAUACCAAGCCUGAGGUGGUGAAGCUCAGUAUCUCUAAUAAUGAGUACAAUAAUUCAGUCCUGGUAUCAUGGACCAAACCCGCUGGAAAUGUGGAAAUGUACCGUCUUCAGCUAAACAGCUCUUCUACAAAUUUGUUUAGAGUAGAGAAGCUCAACUUUACUAGCACAUCCUUCCUGUUUACUGAUCUGUCGGCAGCAGUGCUUUACAGUGCUAUGAUGAUUGCAAACAGUGGACCAUUCUAUGAACCAUCUGAAAUGGUUACAAAUGCAACUUACCCGAACCCUCCCGGGCCAAUGGAGAUCCUGAGUAAAACGACCGAUUCUAUUGAUUUGCUCUGGGGAGCAGCACCUCUGAUGAGUACAGCAUCAGGCUACUUUUACAAGCUGACCUACAAUCCCCUUCAGCAAGUUGUAAAUGUCUCUUCUGCCAUAACGCAUUUAACUUUGUCCUCACUGCUGUCUGGGACUUCCUAUAACAUUUCUGUGAGAACGGUGGGGCCGAUGGAUUUUGAGAGUGAAUCUGUUUACAAAUACAUGGUUACCACAAGACCUUACAAUGUGACGUCUCUCAGCACCAUGCCAACAGAGCGGAAUAUCAAUGUAACCUGGAGCCCACCUAUAGACUAUAAGAACGACUAUUGUUAUAGUCUCACCUGGCAAAGCUCCGAUGACCAAGUCUUUAGAAACAUCUCAUAUACUGAAAGUAAAUAUAUCACUAAUCUGAUGUCUGGUACUGAGUAUAACAUUAAUGUCACCACCAAGACUUCUGAUGGAACUCAAUCUGCCACAGUACCAGUUUCCACCUGCACAGAUGCAAGCCCUGUGAAGGAUUUAACAUGUAAUGGACCAAACUCUGGAGAGGCAAAGGUCAAUCUGCAUUGGUCAAAGCCAGAGGGAAAGAGCUCCGGCUUCCAGUUUACUGUACUCAUCGGUUCUCAGAAUAAUACUUCGGAAGGAAACUGCUGUACACACACUAUUUCCAACCUUACCUACCAUUCAGAAUAUAAUAUAACUGUGAAGACUCAGAGCUGCGGAAAACCUAGCACUCCUGAGACUAUUAAAUGUUUGACGGGCGUUGCAAAACCACCAAUUCCACUCAACUUUAUGAAAGAAUUAGAUCUUACUAAAGAUCACCAGACAUUUACAGUUAAGAUCAAAACGGACCUAAUAGACAGCUCUAAAGGACCAGUGACACAUGUUGGGAUUCUGGUAGCCAGCGAUGAUAAUGCCCAGAAUUCUAAUCUUGAACAAUUCCUGGUGAAAACCUACGACGACUGGAAAAAGAAGUCUGCCCAAGUAUACCUGGCAACAGUAGUCCGCUACAUCACGACAUCACGCAGCAGCACUAACUCACUGGAAAUUAGCGUGGGAACUAAAUCAACAUGGGAGGUAUAUAGGAACGAUGUUCUAGAUCCAAGUGGAACUUACAAGUAUUCCAUUGUGAUGUUCACCUAUUUGGCAACGGAUUCAAAUGGAUAUGUUAAUAUAUCUAGCUCAGUGUUUUCUAUAACAGUUUUCUCUGGUGUUACUCUCGACAAAGACCCAGUUAUCACUUGGAUUGCUGUUGGAGUAACGAUGGGAAUUUUUGGAUUACUUUUUUUCAUCCUUAUUGGCUUCGUCAUCUAUUGGAGAAGGUUAAUCCGUAAGGAGUCUCCUGACAUUCAGAUUCAGUCAUUGGGGGGCAAAGUAAGUAUGGCUGUGAGAGUGGAGGACUUUGAAGCUUACUACAGAAAGCAGAAAGCUGACUCUAACUGCGGCUUUGCUGAAGAAUUUGAGGACAUAAAGCCUGUUGGUACAGCUCAGGCAAAACUGCAUGCCCUGGCUCUGGAGAACAAGCCCAAAAAUCGCUACAACAACGUGCUUCCUUAUGACUCUUCAAGGGUGAAACUCUCUGUUGUCCGUGGAAGUCCAAAUGAAGAUUACAUCAAUGCUAACUACAUGCCGGGUUACCUCUCCCGGAAGGAGUUCAUUGCAGCUCAGGGACCUUUGCCUGCCACAGUCAAUGAGUUCUGGAGGAUGAUGUGGGAGAAGAACGUGCACACUCUGGUCAUGCUAACACGCUGUAAUGAACAAGGAAGGGUUAAAUGUGAGCAAUACUGGGGUCCUAGCACCAAAUACUAUGAAGACAUCAUUGUGACUACAACCUCUGAAAUCUUUCUAGAAGACUGGACCAUCAGGGACUUUGACAUAAAAAAUGUGAAAACAACAGAAGUCCGUUCAGUCCGUCACUUCCAUUUCACAGCCUGGCCGGAUCACGGCGUUCCAGAAACCACAGAGCUUCUGAUCAGCUUCAGACAUUUGGUCAGAGAGCACAUGAACCAAUACUCCAGAAACUCCCCCACAGUGGUUCACUGCAGUGCUGGAGUGGGGCGCACAGGCACCUUCAUAGCCAUCGAUCGGUUGAUCUUCCAGAUCGAAAGGGAAAACAUUGUAGACGUGUACGGCAUUGUUCACGAUCUGCGAAUGCACCGGCCCCUCAUGGUGCAGACAGAGGACCAGUAUGUCUUCUUAAACCAGUGUGCCUUGGACAUCAUCCGGGCAAGAACAGGGAACAACGUGGAUCUCAUCUAUCAGAACACAGCUGCCAUCUCAAUUUAUGAGAACGUAGAACCAAAAAUGAAGUACCUGAAAACGGGAUCAUAAACUGCUGUUUCAUUUUUUUUGUCUCCCUCUAGUUUAGGGUGAGAAACAACUGAGCAAACAGGUUUAUAGGCAUUCAGAUUUACCUAAUUGUGCUGUGUUGAUUUUCAUAGUCACACCAUUUUUGACAAACUUCAAACUUUCAGGGUUUAAACCUAUUCGUUUUUAUAUUUAUUUGUUAAAAAUAAAAGAAACCACAGCAUUGUUUAUAUGGUAUGCUUCCACAACUUCUCUCAUACCUGCAUAUUAUUUGCACUGCACAAUCGUUUUAAAAUUGCUUUCUAUUGUAUAUGACUCACUGUUUUUAAUUUUUCUCAGGUAGUUUUUUGGCAUACUGUUUUGGUUUUUUUACAUAAACUUUUGAGAAAUGAAACAGCCGGUAUGCUUUUUCACCAAUAGAGGGCACUCUUGUCUUAUUUUUGUAAACUGAAAAAGAGGGAUCAUACGACAUUUUAAAGGAACAUUAAAUUAUUCUAAUCUUGCUUGACUAACUGUAAGCCAAUAUAAACUGUGCAAUGUGAUUUAAUGAAUUAGUUUAUUUGUCUUUUUUGUUUAUAUGCACUGCAAUGUGAAGAAUGCACUGGAUGCAUUUAUGCAUUUGUCCUACACUGUCCACUUUUUAAAAAAAGUGUUUCUAUUUGAGUAGUUUAUAUCACAUUCAGCCCAAUGCUUCUUGAAAUGGAGUGUUUUGUUUAUCAUUCCUCAUUUCAUCUCAGGAACUUCUUCCAAGAAGAGCAUUUUACCGGCUCUAAAUGUGUUAAGAAAAUCUAUAAAGCACCAGUUUGUAUUAUUAAUUCAGAUGUUUUUUUUUUUUUUCAUUAUCUUGUUUUGUCUUUUCUAUGCUGUACAUUCUGUAGAAAAAAAGUUGAUGUUAUAUCACUUCCUGUGACAUCUCUUGUGCAUCUAUGGUCACUUCCUGUGUUGUAAAAGUCACCAGAGAAGCAUAAGCUUCAUUUUUUCAUCUUCUAAAGGGCAUACUUUUCCAUGAGCCCUGUACGUUCUUUUCUUUUUUGUAUAGUCUGAUUAGAAGCACUUAUGUUUUAAUGAGAAAUAGGAAUACAAAAUAGUAAAUAUUUUUUGAUUUAAAAAAAAAAUCCUUUGUAAGAUGCUUGCUGGUUCAAUGCAAUUAUGUAAAAUGAGCUGAAUUUUGAAAUGUCUACUUCUUAAAUAUGUCAAAUGAAAUGGGAUGUAAAGAUGUGCAAAAUUGUGCCAACAAUCUACUCUUUAGGAAAAUCAAUGUGAUUAAAGCUUUACUAUAUUGCUAAAA